AUGUCGACCCCGGUCAUUUCUCAAGCAGAUCAGGAAGGAUCUCUCCGUAGGGUUCACUCCCUGUGCGAUAUACCCCGUCAACCGGAGAGUGUUCACAUUCGCACAGCUCUGCGAGAGUCGGAAGGAACCAGUGGUUAUCUUCCAUUGUCGUCUCCAGACCGCGACUACAGCUUGGGUUAUCGCUCAGGUUCAAUCGGUUCUUCACCGGAUGCUUCUUUGGCAACAUCUGGACAGCCUACCCGCUCUUCGAAUCAAGUGCCCUUGCCACCCACUGCUCAGGAACAAGUCCCCUCAUCAUCCACGACGCCUCACAAUAUGCCUCUCUACAUGAGAAUGCUAAUGUACUUUGGGAUAGGUCGGAGAGCUUCGUAUGCUAGGAAAGCUUUGAUGUCUUUGAUUUGGAAUAUGUUUUGGGGAUUUAGUCAGAUCAUCACUAUAAUCACAAUGCUCAUACUGUCUGGGACUUUUUUCAGAAGCACCGCUGACCCUCAAAGGAGUGAAUGGACGGCUUGUGAUCGACCAUUAGGAAUAUGGGCAACUCUGUGGGUUCUGAGGGCUAUUUUGGCGACUUUUUUGGCAUACUGGGACUUUCUCAGGAAUCGUUCACUGAGGUUCAGAAUACGAACAGAUACUGAAGCACCUAACGCUCGUCGAGAUCCCACAACAGUGCAUCUUGGAGAUACCGCGGUGCAGAAUUUUCGUGGAACUGGUUCAAUUACUAACAAUCAUGGUAACAAUAAUCCAAACAACAAUGUCCAAGAGCAUCUUCCUCCGCCCCCAAGAAUGUACUCCCGUCUGACGUUGUUGUCUUCACUAAUGACGUUGAGCUGGUUUUUAACUGCCCACAUUCUAGAGUACACAUCCAUUCAUACAUGUCGGCAGACGUCACCUCACUUGUGGUGGUUAAUAUUUGGCAUUCUCUGUAUAAUGUAUCUCAUGGUGCUAGAAGUUGCUCUUCUCGGAUUGCUUGUUCUUGUGAUAUUGCCCAUAUUGUUUCUGUUCUGGAAUAUCUUCCUCAUUUGUAUUGGUCGACAUCCCAUUCAAAACCCAGGCAUCAAACCAGAAAUUGGAAAAUUGCCCAAGUCCUUCGUAGAACGCAUCCCACUUGUCAUGUAUAUCCCCGCUCCCCCCCAAGAAGGAGGUGUGGACGCCGUUGAAAAUUCUCACUCCUACCCACCGAAUAUGAAUCUAACACCACCCUUGUCACCACAACCACAAAGGUCACACAGGAGAUUCAUAUUUUUUCGCAAUAUAUCCGAACUUCGACGCAUGAAAGAUGACAACAAGCCGAAACACGGCACUGAUGAGGGAGAAAAGGAAAGAGGAUCAACGCCGGGGUAUCAAGAACCUAUGUCUUGGGAACAAAAUUGGGUGCCAGGGCGAUAUCCGUUUGUCAGACUGGAGGGAAAUCGUGCAUCAUGUGCUAUAUGCUUAAUGGAUUUCGAAGAGCCAAAGCGUACGAAGGAUAUACCGGGAGGGGGGGGAAAUAAGGAAAACCCGUCUUCAUCACAUUCCGUUAAUACACCACAGGCGCCACCUGCUACAGCGCAACAUUUAUCUCACGAACAAAUAAAUCAACUGAAACUAGCAGAUGCAGGCGAUGGGGCACAACCAUUGCGAUUACUUGAAUGUGGUCAUGUUUUCCAUAAAACCUGCCUCGAUCCUUGGCUUCUCGAUGUUUCUGGGAGAUGUCCUGUGUGCCAGAGACCUGUUAAAGUCGAGAACUCAAGGAAGAGACACCGAAGAGCCAAUGGUUAA